CUUCUAUUACAACGGAACCCUAGAGUACAGAGAGUGGAAACUCUAGAGACGAAGAUCAAAGGAGAUGACGCAGAAGAGCAAUCAGUUCAAGGGGCAACAGAAAAAGAAGACUGUUGCUCUUAAUCGCCAUGGCAAAUCCGUUCAAAAUCGCAAAGGGAGGAGAUAUAUGAAACCGUCCAAGACAACGAAAGAGUUAGACACCGACCGGGAGCUUACCAAGUUCAUUAACCAUUGCAAUGAAGUGAAAGCAGCCAACGCUGCUUGCAAAGAAGGUGGACAACUUAAUAUCCUCAAAGCUGAAUCUCAAGCUGACACAUCCAAGAAGUCUACCAAGUAGACAAAACAAGUGUUAAAAACUUUUUUUGUAAUUCUCACUAAUAUAAAUCGAUUUUGUGUCUUUGAAUCAUUUUAUAUUUGCUA